UUCAACGUUAUUUCGAAACCUUAUGCUGUUCCGUUAUACCAUUGUCAUUGUUUUCCGAAAAAUUAUUAGUUGCCUCACGAAGGGAAAAAAUUCUCGUAGAAACAAGCACUAGUAAAGCACUACCGCCCAAAAACAAUAAUAGAUAUCAGUGUGAUAAGUAAAAAUUGAAAUACAAUAAUAAUCGAACUAACAAUAAUAAGAAUUGGUUAAACCAUCAAAUUAGUUUCAACUUGAAUACGUUUGGAUCCAAAUCAUCGCAAAACUAUGCCCUAUCAUUUUCUGAAAGUGUUGAUAUCUUGACAACAGAAAAUAGAAAGUGAUCAACUAAAAUGGCUCAUGCUGCAUUGAUACGUGGAAUCCUACUCUUUGGAUGCGCUUUCAUAUCAAUAGUAAAAGCUUCUGAGGAUGACCCCAUUGAGUACAUGAGCAAGGAGGAACGAGAAGCGCUAAAGGAGGAAGCGCGGGAUAUGUUUUAUCAUGGAUACAAUGCUUAUAUGGACAACGCAUAUCCAGCCGAUGAGCUGAUGCCACUGAGCUGUAAAGGAAGAUACAGAGGAUCAGAGCCAGACAGAGGUGACAUUGAUACUACACUUGGAAACUUCUCAUUAACACUAGUGGAUGCAAUGGACACGCUUGUGCUAUUGGGUGACUUGGAAGAAUUUCAAAAUGCCGUCAAGCUGGUAAUCAGAGACGUAUCUUUUGAGACAGACGUGAUUGUAUCCCUCUUUGAAACCAACAUAAGAGUACUUGGAGGACUACUGAGCAGUCAUAUACUAGCUGAAUAUAUGCAGCAACGAGCGGACAUCAUGCCUUGGUACAGAGGCGAGCUUUUGGACCUUGCUAAGGAUUUGGGAUAUAGAUUUCUGCCUGCAUUCAACACUACAACUGGUAUUCCAUAUGGCAGGAUAAAUCUGAAGAAUGGGAUGAAGGGUAUACCUCUUGAAGCGACCAGAGAAACCUGUACUGCUUGUGCUGGAAGCAUGAUUUUAGAGAUGGCUGCAUUAUCCAGAUUAACCGGAGAGCCAAUUUUCGAGGAAAAAGCACAGCGGGCAAUGGACAGUCUUUGGAAAAUGCGCCAUCGAGGUACAGACUUGAUGGGUUCUGUAUUGAACGUUAACUCCGGAGAUUGGGUACGUCGAGACUCUGGUGUUGGUGCCGGGAUAGACUCAUACUACGAAUAUUGUCUCAAAGCAUAUAUUCUACUAGGUGAUGAAAAGUACUUAGGAAGAUUCAACAAGCAUUACCAAGCUGUGAUGAAAUAUAUAAGUCAAGGGCCAAUGUUGUUGGAUGUCCACAUGCAUAGGCCUAAUACAAACUCGAAAAAUUUUAUGGACGCACUGUUAGCUUUCUGGCCAGGUUUACAGGUAUUGAAAGGAGACAUAAAACCAGCUGUUGAAACUCACGAAAUGCUGUAUCAAGUUAUGCAGAGGCACAAUUUCAUUCCAGAAGCAUUUACAACAGAUUUUCAAGUACACUGGGGUCAUCACCCACUGAGACCAGAGUUUUUAGAGUCUACGUAUUUUUUGUACCGAGCAACUGGUGAUCACUACUACUUGGGCGUAGGUCGUAAAGUGCUCAAAAGCCUGCAAACCUAUGCUAGGGUUCCUUGCGGUUACGCUGCCGUUUCUGACGUCCGUACCAAUAAAAAUGACGAUACAAUGGAUAGCUUUGUACUAUCUGAAACAUUCAAAUAUCUGUUCUUACUCUUUGCUGAGCCUAGCGAAUUACUGAUUGAUCCAGACGAAUUUGUAUUCACUACAGAAGGUCACUUGUUACCAUUGACUUUAGCUUCCAUUGGUUCAAAUACGUCUUCGGGUUUUGAAAAGGAUAUAAUAGAUGUAGAUGAGUUUGACAGGACGUGUCCAAACAGUCUACAUUUGUUCCCAGCCUCCGUUCGCCAACCGUUACGAAAUAUGGUGGAAGAUGUAUGUCCAAGGCGAACAUUAAAGCGGAAAAUAAGUGCUUCGCAAUUUCAAGCAAACAAUUUGGAACAUUUAUCGCUACUUAGUGACAUGGGUAUCACUAUUAUAACGCGGGCUGAUGGGCGUGUUCAGCUUUUACACACAUUUUCCAACGCAAAUACUGCGCAAGAUGCAGAGGAAGGGCUUCUAUUUAUGCAAGAAAUGGUUGAGCUAAGUAAGAUGCAGACCCAGCAGGCCGAAACAAAACCUCAAGCCGUUACGUUCACACUCCCAACACAUCCUAAACAAGAAACGACAUUAUUGGCUGGUCCUGCUCACUUUGGGCGCAAACUGCGAGGCCCAAACAGUAAAGUUACUGGCAAAGUUAUAUACGCGGAGCCACCGACAGCUUGUACAGAACUUCAAAAUGUAGAUAAGCUAGUUGGAAAAAUUGUUAUAGUGGAUCGCGGUGACUGCAUGUUUGUGGAAAAGGCCCGUCGAAUCCAGAAAGCAGGUGCACUGGCUGGUGUAGUUUUGGACAACGUCGUUGGUUCGAGUGCAGCAACAUUUCCAAUGUUUGCUAUGUCUGGCGAUGGAAAUGAGGCUGAUUAUGUGGUUAUACCUAUUGUCUUCCUUUUCAAUGCAGAAGCUACACGAUUGUUAGAGGCUAUAGUUGCUAGUCGUGGGCAACUUGUGGUCACUAUUGGAGAAUAUAUAAUCAAAGAUGAAGUCCAGCUCAAAGCUCCCAACGAUUUGUCUAUGUUUGAACGACUUAAAGGCUCUUUCAAAGAAUUUAUUGUCCGACAAAUGGCUCCACAGGAAUCGGGACAGUUUUUGUUGAAACAAAAUUCUGCAACGGGCAACACUGCUACUUCGAUAGUGAAACACACUGAGAUCAUACGAGAGGAGGACCAGAAGAUAAUCGUAGAGUUUCAGCAUUUAAAAGCAGAGAUAACUCACACGUUAACUGAAGAAGAAAUAAGAAUAACAGUGAAUCUUGAUAAAACAUUGUCAGCACCUCAGGAACAUGGCGAUUCCUCAGAUUUUGAAAAGAAAUGGAGAUUCCUGCGUAAAAUGUUUGUCAAUCAAAUAUUCGCAAACACUAAAAAAGGUUCCAGUUUAUAUAUUAAAGGCUCUGUCAUGAAGGGUUACUACAAGUGGGUUCAGACCGAACGUGGGCUCUCCAAUGAUGUCAUAAACAGUAUAAACUUGUCACGCAAAGUCCUUUGGUUUCUGAAAGAGCUCGGUGAAUUGGGGCUCGAUUUAUCAGUUGCAGAUAAAACGAAUGAAGUAACUAACAUAAAUAAACGACGAGUAGAGUUACUGAAGCAGUAUUUAUCAUUAAAAAUGGAUGAUAUGGCAUUCCGGAAAAAUGCUGUAGUGAAGCUGAAGAAUCUAAAAUCAGCAAACCCAGAAAUGGAACAGUUGUUCGAGCAGUUGGAAUCCGGAAAAGUUAAAGUAGAAAAUUAUGCUCUUUUUAGUAAAUUACUCAAAGACAUAUUCGAAGGAGAAGACGAGCUCAUAGGUCGACACAUAAUGAUUCUGGAUCAUCUUAACAAAGCUAUACAAACCAACAAUCCGUCCGAGAUGUUGAUCGAUCAACUAAGAAAGGAACUUGGUGAUUCGUUAGAACUGACUGACUUUUCAGAAUCAGAAGGUGAUAUUCUCGUUGGUGAGUCUAGAACAGAUGAUACUGAAAGUUCAAAAUCCGAGAAAACUAAAAGCCCUCAGGAAUAUAGCGAGAUUCACGUGAUAGACUCACAGAAUCCAGAUGAUUUUGAGGAUUUUAUUUUAAUCGAGAUUGAAAAAGCAGCACAGAAUCCAACUGAAUCUAGUUCUUCAUCGCUAAAAAAUGUGGACUUUGAUAAGUCUGAAGUAAAAUCUGACACAAUCGCUUUCGAUAAAAAGGAAGGAGCAUAUGAGGAGAGAAAGAAGCUUUUACAAGAGAUCCGAAGAGAAAUCAGUGAUUCCCAAAAUAGUAAUAAUGAUGAUAAUAGUAAUAAAGAUAAUAGUAAUAUGCGUAGUCUCAAUAAUAAUGAAAUUGAAUUAAAUACAGAAAUAAAUUUAGAACCCAAGCAAAUACCCGACGAGCAACUUCGCUCCAAUGACCCUUUAGAAGAUUUCAAAAAACCUGUGUGGGCAUCUGACGAAAGUAAAAUAUUGAAAGGAUUUUCUGACUUUCAACAAAAAAAGGAAAUACGAUCGACAGGAUAUGAUAGCCAAGAAAAAAAUAAUUAUGAGUAUCGAAGCAAAGAAGAAGAAGGAAGAAAUCAAGAAAGAGAAAACGGCAAAGUCGUAACGGAAGAACAUACUGGCUCUCGAAUAAAAACUAAUGCCAAUACCAGAGACGGUAAAAAACAUAUCGACGAUGAAUUAUAAUGAUCGUAUUUUGACUAUAGGUUUGAUAAUAAAUGUAUUGAAGUAAAGAAAAGUCCAAUGACACCAGUUGAUACUUGGUGACAAAAUAUAAACUGAGAAAAAAUAAUUAAAAAACUAAGAUUAGCUCAAGACUCAAGUGAAGUGAGCUUCAACAUUUUUGUACCUAAAAUUUCUAUGCGUAUAGAAAUAAGAACUAAGUUGAUCUAACAAUGUAUGUCAUGAGAUGGGAAAUAUGACAAUGAUUACUUCAAACUUGAAAUUACUCAUGAAACGUAGGGCGAAACUAUUAUCUUUUUUUUCAAAUAAUCAACUAAUGGUGCUUUUUGGAAAAUGGACUCUAUGCUAAAAACUUGCAAUAAUAAUGAAAUAACGGAUAAGCCGUGUAUAAUUUGAAGACAAUGCAUGAGGUUUUGUUAACUACAUAAUAUAUAUCUAUUUUCGAUAGAUCAAGACACAUUGAUGUGGUUGUGAAUAAACUGUACGUAGACUGUCGAAGGUAUAAACAUGCAGGAAAUAGUCAAAGUAACUUAUGGAUAUGCAUAUUUUGCUUUACUAAGUUCAGCAGUUGAUAAAAAUAUGAAACUUUCGUCAACAAGAAAAAUCUAAUGAAUAUUAUUCGCUUAUUACUAUCUAUAAUCUGAAGCUUUUAUUUUUAUUUUAAAUUUCCUAUCACAUUGGAAGGCGUUCAUUAUUCACAAUUAGGAUAGUAUUUUCUAAUUACGCUUUGUAUCGUAUAAUUAUUUAGCUUAAGAAAAACCGAAAAAAACGUACCAUUAAAGGUGAAAGAUGAGAAAAAAAAUGGAAUUUAAUUUUUUAUUUAAAAAAAUCACAUAUCUAUAAUGCAACUUUAACGAUGCCAAUUAUCAAAGAACUAUAGUUUCUAUUCAAAUGUUUGGAUUUUGUUUUUCAUUUUUAUCAAAGAAAAUCACAUUUCGUGUACAGAAAACUGAGAUAUAGUUUAAAUAGAUAAUAUACGAUGGAUUAUUGUACAGAUAUUGAAAUAUGUGCGUUAACAAGUUGUAAAGAAGUGAAGUAUAAUAAUAGAAUUGUGUAAAAUAUUUCUUAAUUCGUGAUAUAGGCCAUGCAGGAUGUAUAAUAUUUGUUGUAUGUAUUUGUAAAGUUGUAAAUUUUCUAAUUACCAGAAGAACAUUAACAUGAUGCUUUACGUUAGCUAUUUUACAAUGAUAAUGUACAAUAUUUGAAAUCGAGCGAGUAGAUCUGUUAACUACUCUUUGAUAUUAUAUCAUGGUAUAAAAAUAUAUUCCAUCAUUUCAUCGAGCAAUGGUUUCUGAAAUAUAGUGAACAUUGUAAACGUAUGAUGAACAAUUAAAAAUAUUAAGUUGUAAUUUUUAGUUGAUAUAUAUUUAGAUGUUUACUGCUGCCAGAGAAUGCAUAUAACUUAUGGGUGUAAAUAAGAUCCUAAAAUGUACAUCAGCUUUUUACUUAUAAAGAUAUUGUAAUUCUGAAUGACUCUUUCUUAAAUACUGUUGAGUGAUGAGGAGAUAAUUAUAAUAUCGUAUAACUAGUAAUUAUCUGCCAAAAAUAACAUAAUGAUAUUUAAGAUUUUGAAAGAAGUAAAGUUAUUACAAAUUUUUAUAGUAUGAUUAACUCUUUGUAUAUAUUAGAAUAUCAAAAUACAGAAUAUUGUAUUAUAUUAUAAUAUAAAUCAAUUAAAGAUAUUUACGGAAUGAGGUUUUUGGUAUUGGGGGUGAUGCAUGACUAUUACUGACUAUCAGAAAUAAAAUUUUCGCCAUAAACCGUGCUUUUUCGCGCACGUGCGUCGAGAUAUACUUUUGAAAAAAAUUCAUCACUUCGAAAAAUACUCUACUAUGAAUUCAUUUAGUCAUGGUUUUUGGGUAUUCCUGUCAGUUAAAAUACAAGAAACAUGAGGAUUUUAGCAAUAUAUCUUUUUAUUCAUUUUCUGUAACAAUAAGAGAAAAUAUAAUCCUUUCUACAUUUUUCGGCCAAAAGAACAGUUUUACGAGAGUAGAAUUCUCUUCCGGAAGCAUUCAUUGAAAGUUUUCAGAUUAGACUGUAACUCUCGAAUGAAAAAAUUUAUAUUGUCAAAGAAGAGAAGAAAUUUCGAAUGUAUUUUACAAGUAACGUUAAAAUUAUAUUAUAUAACUAAAUCUAAAAUCAUAAAAGAAGUCCAUUUAUUGCGUCCAUUAUGAUCUAAUAAAUUAACACUAACGACCUUUUACAGGUUUAGAGGUAAACGCUAAUUCAUAAACAUAGUAUUAUUACAAUAAGAUAUUGAUUGGCAUUUCGCAUUUUCUAACAUUGGCUGAAGCUUUUGGAAGUCUUCUGGACGAAGUGUAGUUUUUCCAGCUAUUAGCCUUUUUUGUUAUAACACAAAAGCGUUUUUACUACAUGCUGCGCUUCAACAUCAUUUUUAUUG